CUCCAUGCAGAAGAUUUUUAGGAAAUGAUCAUAACUAUAUUAAUUUCAAUCUUAUUCAAGCUCAUCAAAAGCUUAGAGACAGUGGAUGCAAGAGAAUAAAAUCAAUUGUAUAAUAAUAAUAUAUAAGUUAGAAAUUCUUAACAAGGAUAAAUUGCAAAACUGAUGCUUCGAUGGCAAAAGUUGGACCUCAUAAACAUGAUGUUUUACGUCUUGCAUUUAGAAAAAAUUAAAUCUAGAGAGGAUGGAUAUUUGGAUAAAGUUUUAUAUCUGUUUAUAGAAGGAUAGUACUUAAAUGUAACGAAUCCGGCAAUUGAUUAGUAGCUUUAAAGCAUACUUAAUAAAAAUGAAUAAGAUGAAAAAUUAAUCAGAAUUGAUUAAAAAUAAAUAUAAGAAAUCUAGAAUGAAUUAACUUAUUCCGAAAGAUACGUUGACUACCUGAAUCAGAAAUAUCAUAUACCAAAAGAUUAUUCUUAAAAAAUUUAAAAGGUAAUAACAACUUAAGAUUUAGAUACAAUAAUUAAAAUAAUAAUUAAAGUAGGAGUUGGGAAUUAGUCCAUAAUCAUCACCUAGAAAGUAUACUUUAUAAAAAGCAUAAACAUUCUAAUUAAGUCCUAACCAUUGUAUAGAACCUUCUCUAUUUGUUAAAAAUUCUUAUGGUGCAAAAAGAGUUUCAAAAUUAUAAAAAGCUUAGGUUGAUAGCAUUGUUGAUAGUUUAAGAUAAGAAUCAAAAAAAUAAAUUGAUUCUUAAGAUAGCGAUUCAUAUAAUGUUAGAUCAAUGAAACUUACCAGAUCAUAAAUGUUAGGAUCUUUGUUAAAAAGGAUUCAAAAAUAAAAUUUAACAGAUUAAUCAAAUAUAAAUACAGGCAGUGUAUCAUCGCCCUUAUCAAAAAUGAAGAAAUCUAAUUCUUCAAUUUUUGCAACCAGAUUUUCAAGACCCACUGAUAGAUCAUUUGAUUAAAAUAAUAUAUAAUGA